GCCGCCCGCGCGCGGCUUUGCGUCGCCGGCCGCCGCACCGCCGCGGACGGCACCAGGGUACGCGUCGCCGGCCGGCGCGCCGCCACGGACCGCCUCGGGCUAUGCACCGCCGCCUAGCGCCGCACCGCGAUACGCAGCACCGCCCAGCGCCGCACCGCCGCGAGGCUAUCCGUCGCCCGGCGCGGCGCCGCCGAGAACCGCGCAAGGCUACCCGCCGCCCGCCGCACCGCCGCGGACGGCGCCAGGAUACGCGCCAGCACCCGGCGCCGCCCCGCCGCGGGCGCCGGCCUACCCAACACCGGCCGCGAUACCAUCGGGCGCGGGCCCUGCACAACCACGCUACGGCGCGCCGCCGCCGACCCAGCACCGCUACGGGACCGCCGCGCCGAGGCCGCCGCGGCCUCCGAACGUCGGCCCCAUACCGCCCCCACAAAGCGGUUUUCCGGGCUUUUCGAACGGCAUGCCGUCGCCGGGCACGCCGUCACGAAAGUCUCCACGAAUAGACCCGGCGCAGAUGCCCCGUCCGGUUGUAGACGCCGCGCCGCUGCGCGACCCGCCCAAAAGGUUUACGUAUUCGGUGGACCCGGCGACGGCACCGCCGCCCCCGACCUGCAACACGAUCUAUGACCACCCGGCCGACGAUUUCAAUGUCUCACCGCGCUACGUUUCAUGUUCCUCAUCGACGACUUUGGCGAAUCAAGCCCAGCACAAGCGCACGAAGCUACCUUUGUCAUUGUCAGUACGACCAUUAGCGAAACGAAGACCCGAGGAGCAUCCUCUACGGUUAGUGGACUUUGGAAUGAAAGGCCCGCCCAGAUGUGAAAGGUGCGGCGCCUUCGUGUCUGGCUUCGCUACGUUUACGGAGCGGACGUGGAAAUGUCACUUGUGCGGCGAGUGACUCAGAGCAGAAAAUGAACUUGAACGUGACGCGGUCGCCGCGAUGGCGUCUUCAUGAGACCGCGUCGCCUCGACGUCGUCGAUGCAGCCGCCAGAGAGCGCACGCGCCUCACGAGGGAGUCGCGGUCGUGUCGCGACGGCGUCGUUCCCACACAGGCCACACGUCGGACCUGCCGGAGUGGUACCGCUGCGCCGCACCUGGUGGUAAACGGACGGACCGCUUCGAGCGGCCGGAACUUUCCAGCUGUUCGAUGGACUUUCUCGUGCGAGGCGACUACUGCGCGCGGCCGGUGCAAGAGCCCGUCGCCGUGGUGGUGUUGGAUCUGUCGUUCGACGACCAGUGCCUGAAAGAUAUUGUGGGCGACGUGCUCGAUGUUAUUCCUCACUCAAAGCUGUCGAAGCUUGGGUUAGUGACGUUUUUUGGGGACGAGGCGCACGCGUGGAGAAAAAGUAGAGAAGACGGCUCGAACGCGGCCUGUUGCGUCGUGAGGGAAGGCUUUUGUGCUGUGCCUUCUCAUCAAUGGUUAGGUACGCGGGACGUGUUUGCGAAAACUUGCGAAGCGGCUCUCGAGGCCGCGCCCGCGUUACGCAAUGCGGCAUUGUUGUUGCAAGGCGUCCACGGUUGUAGGACCGCGCUGGAGUGUGCGUUGGAUGGUUUGCGAGAGACGGGUGGGCGAGUCUUCCUCGUUUCUAGAAGUGCCCCGAAAGGUCUGGAUCCCACGACCUCGCUACUAUGCAACUCCGUGCAUGUGAGUGUCGACGCCUUCUGGCUGGAUUCAGAAGGGAGGGAUCAGCCUCGGUUCGCGCGGGAGCUGGGCGAAUUGUGCCGCGCGACGGGCGGUGUGUUGCAUUACUCCGAUUGUGUCGACCUCGAUCAAUUCCGACGCGACUUUGCUCAAUGUACGGACGGCUACUUCCCUUCAACAGACGAAGUAGAGACGGGCGUGGCCGUCGUCGACGGCGCGGAGGGCUGCCACACGGCCCAUGAGGCCACGCUGAAGAUAAGGUGUUCGACCGGUUUACGAGUGCAACAGAUCUACGGCGCCGGCUGCUCGUUAUCCAAAGAUGAAUUAAACAUUUCCUCCGUGAGGGCCGCGACGACGUUUUGUGUCGAUCUUGAGAGAUUUGUCAAUUUUGAAGCUGGGAAACGGAUAUAUGUCCAGUGCGCUUUGCUCUAUUCGGACCCAGCGACGAAAAGACGGUUAGUCCGGGUGCACAACGUUUGUAUCAGAGUCGUAGCGAAGCCGUCGGAGCAUUACAAGACGGUUUGCGUCGAGACGGCGUUCUCUUCAUUAGUACGGAGCGCUCUGGUGGCGUCUGGUUUGACUAGAGCUCUGUACAUUCAUGACGAGCUCGCCGAUCCGGGCAGGAUGCAGAUCUCCGGCGACGCGCUGAAGAAGGCGAGAGAUACCUUGCAGACUACUUGUGUGGAGGCGUUGUACGAGUAUCGGGUGGCCUGUGCCGCUCGAAGCCCUCCUGGCCAGCUCAUUCUUCCCGAGUCGAUCAAGCUGCUGCCGUUGCUGGUCCUGGGUGCCUUUAAAGGAUCACUGUUACGAUCGGCGUCCCCCCAAGCGCCCGGCGCCGACGCCUGUGAACGGGCGGCGACGCUCGAGCUAGCCAUGGCUUCACAUCCCGCGUGGCUCUGCCGCUGUGCGCUCGUGCGGGGCUACCUCUUUCCUCGCGACGUCGGGAGUCUGAAUCCGAUUCCGGCGUCGGCGUCGGCGUGUGCGCCGUUAUCUCUACUGGACUGCGCGUCGCACUUGUAUGUUCAUAUUGCCGGCGGCGCGGCGCCCGACGCGCGGACAGCGCUUAGGCUAUCAUGCGGCGCGGCGACGACUGGCGAUCGCAUGGAGAGAAUAGACGCGGGGUUGAACGCUUUACGAGAGCAGAUGGCGCGCGACGCGCCGCGGCCGCCGCCCCUGCUGUUGCUGGACGAGCCAUCGUUAAAUGGGCGCGCCUCGCUCGACGCGGAGACGCGGCGCCAGCGAAGGCGCCUCGCGGCGCGGGCCGAUCUACUCAUCGAGGACGCGUCGGCGCACGGGCCGCCCUAUGUCGAUUUUCUGUGCGGGAUUCAUCGGUCGAUCCAGCAGCGCAUCGCGGCGGACCGGGCGCGGUGAUAAUUUAUGAAUCUUUAA